AUGGCCCCCCUAGACAGUUCUACUGAUAACACUUCAACACCAUCCCCAUCAGCUCUUAAUUCACCACAAAAUUACCCAACUUUUGAUCUGAAUGACCCACUGCCAGAACCAGAACCAGAACCAGUACAACAACCAUUACCACAAUUACAAGUUCAACCACAACCAGAGGCCUUUGACCUUAACAGAGCACCAGCAGCAUCAAGUGAAGAAGAAGAAAAGUUCUUCACAGCAAUGGAACAUGGAAAUGGUGAAGAUGAGGUUGUUGCUGAGUGGUUAGAUGAUGACUCAGAUGUUCACGUCUCAGAAUAUGAUUGGACAGAUAGUGAAUCAGAUGAAGAACAUGAAGAACAGCAACAGCCAGAACAAGUAGUCAACAUGACCCAUUUUUUGCACAACCAUUCAAGAUGUCAUGUUGCAAACAAGCUACAACAAGUAGCUUACAAAAAAGUUAAUGGCAGAUUCACUAUACCUCAGGGGGCUAUAAAAAGAAUUGCAAUUGAAUUGAAUACUUCAAGGUGGACAAUUGGAAGAAUAUGGAAGAAUGUAAGACAACAACUUCAAGAAAAUGCAAGAAUAGAUGUGAAUCACAGAAAAACAGGGAGGGUAGGAAGAAAAAGAAUUCAAUUGGAUCCUCAAAGGUUAAUUGCAAUUCCUCUAAGAAAGAGGACUACUAUAAGAGCAACAGCAACAGCCCUAGGUAUGCACAGGUCUACAUUGCACAGGUUGGUGAAAAGGGGGGUAAUAAAAAAACACACUAAUGCCAUAAAACCACAUCUGACCCCAGCACAUAAGGUUGCAAGGGUGUUGUGGUCUUUGGGUUCUAUCAUACCAAACACUAUCCAAACAAUACCAAAAUUCAACAACAUGUAUAAUUUGGUUCAUGUGGAUGAGAAAUGGUUUUGCAUGAGCAAAAUAUCUCAAAGGUACUACCUAGCUCCGGGUGAAGUAGAGCCAUAUAGAAGAUGCAAAAGCAAGAGGUUCAUUGUCAAAGUCAUGUUCAUAGCUGCACUAGCAAGGCCACACAUUUCAGUGGAUGGAGAGGUCAGUUUUGAUGGGAAGAUAGGAAUCUUCCCAUUCAUAGAAGAGGUGGCAGCAAAGAGGUCAAGUUGUAACAGAGAUGCUGGGGUGCUUGAAACCAAACCUCAAUUAAGCAUCACAAAAGAUGUCAUAAGGGAGAAGUUCAUAAAGCACAUACUGCCAUCUAUAAGAGAGAAGUGGCCAGAGGAUGGAUGCAAGCAAGUAUGGAUUGUCCAAGACAAUGCAAGGCCACACAUAGCAAGUAAUGAUGAGCAGUUCAUGUUGGAAGCACAAAAAGAUGGUUUUGAUAUCAGAUUAAUCAAUCAGCCAGCACAGUCACCAGAUAUGAAUGUGUUAGAUCUUGGUUUUUUUAAUGCAAUUCAAACCUUAAAAGAUCAAAUAGCACCUAGAAGUGUGAAACAGUUGGUGAAGGCAGUGAACAAGGCAUUUGACAACUAUGAUCCUAAGCUAUGCAAUCAUAUUUGGUUAACUCUACAACAAGUGAUGAAGGAGACUCUAAUAGUUAAGGGUAACAACAAUUACCACAUACCACAUAUGGGGAAGAAAUCACUUGAGAGGAGGGGUGAGUUACCAACAUGUAUUGUCAUUAGCCCACAAUUAGUAGAAGAGAGCAGAAAAUGGGCAGAAGAAUGUCAUCUUGAAGAUGAACAAGAAGAAGCAAACUAUGGGGAUGAAGAUUCAGAUGAUGGUAUUGGGAUAAUAUAA